ACAACGACUGGAUUGUCUAUAGACCACACGGAAAGCCAAUCUGGCACGUCAACGACACAGAGCAUGAAGCCAUCCGCAACGGUGACACAAUCCGUCUGGUUCACAAAGGUACUGGUUCUAACUUGCACUCACACCAAGUGGAAGCACCUUUGAACAAACUGGAUUACGAAGUGUCAGGUUACGGUAACUUGACCAUCGGGGACUUGAAGGAUCACUGGGUCGUUGAAAUCAUUAAGGAUGACGGUAACGAGGACAAAAACUUGAUCCAUCCAAUCACUACUCAUGUUCGUUUCAGACACGCGGUCUUGAACUGUUACUUGGCUCAAAGUAAUGAGCAUCUACCAGAAUGGGGUUUUAGCCAAGCUGAAGUC